CACACAGAACCAGGAAGUAACUCCUCAUUUCGGAGAAAAAAAACAAAACCCUGAUCUCUCUCUCUGUGAUUUCAGGAAAAUGGCCGAGGCCAGUAUUUCAGUAGAUCAGCUUUCUGUGGACCAGUUCAUGUGUCCAGUGUGUCUGGAUCUCCUGAAGGAUGCGGUGGCUAUCCCCUGUGGUCACAGUUUCUGUAAGGUGUGUAUUAAUGGCUGCUGGGAUCAGGAGGAUCAGAAGGGCGUCUACAGCUGUCCUCAGUGCAGAGACACUUUCACGACAAGGCCUGUUCUACGCAGAAACAACAUGCUGGAUGAAGUGGUGGAGAAACUGAAGAAGACUGAAGUCCAAGCUGCUUCUCCUGCUCACUGUUACGCUGGACCUGGAGAUGUGGAGUGUGAUUUCUGCACCGGGAGAAAACACAAAGCCGUCAAGUCCUGUCUGAUGUGUUUGGCUUCAUUUUGUGAAACUCAUCUGAAACCUCAUCUUGAAGUUCCUGCUUUGAAAAAACACACAGUAAUUGAAGCCUCAGCAAAACUCCAAGAGAAGAUCUGCUCUGAACAUAACAAGCUGAUUGAGAUCUACUGUCGUACUGAUCAAACCUGCAUCUGUUAUUUGUGUACGAUGGAAUAUCACAAAGGUCACGACACCGUCACAGCCGCAGCAGAAAGAGCUGAGAAACAGAGUGAGUUAAAGGAGGAGCAGAUGAAAUCCCAGCAGAGAAUCCAGGAGAAGCAGAAGAAGGUGCAGGAGCUGAAACAGGCUGUGAACACUAUAAAGCUCAGUGCACAGACAGCAGUGGAGGACAGUGAGAGGAUCUUUACUGAGCUGAUCAGCUCCAUGGAGAAAAAGCGCUGGGAGGUGACGGAGCUGAUCAGAGAUCAGGAGAAGGCUGAACUGAGUCGAGCUGAACGACUCCUGGAGCAACUGGAGCAGGAGAUUGCUGAUCUUCAGAGGAGAGUCACUGAGCUGGAGCAGCUUUCACACACACACGAUCACAUCCAUUUCCUCCAGGUUUUAGCUUCUGGACGUCACUCUCCUGCAUUGGAAAGACCAAAUUUUCACACAUCCAGUGUCCCUGUCCAUCAACAUCUCUCAUUUGAUGGAGUGAGGAAUUCUCUCUCAGAUCUGAAAAAGAGACUCGAGGAAUUCUGUGAGGAGGAAUUCAACAAAAUCCCUCCACAUGCUGCAGCAGUUCAGAUCAUUUCAGAACCAGAACCACAGAGCAGAGAAGAGUUUCUGAAAUAUUUCUGUUAUCUGACUCUGGAUCCCAACACGGUACAUCGUCUCCUCAUUCUGUCUGAGAAGAACAGAGCGGUGAGAUGGAGUGAGAGAGAGCAGCGUUACUCUGAUCAUCCAGAGAGAUUUGAUUACUGGGGGCAGGUGUUGUGUAAGGAGAGUGUGUGUGGACGCUGUUACUGGGAGGUGGAGUGGAGCAGUGCUGGUGUUGUGUCCAUAUCAGUCUCAUAUAAAGACAUCAGCAGGAAAGGACAGGGUAAUGAGUGUGGGUUUGGAUUCAACAAUCAGUCCUGGAGUCUGCGAUGUUCUUCUUUUUCUUCUUCUCUCUCUUUCUGUCACAACAACAUUAAGACUGAUCUCAGUGUUCCAUCAGCCUCCAGAAUAGGAGUGUAUGUGGAUCACAGUGCAGGAACUCUGUCCUUCUACAGCGUCUCUGACACGAUGAAGCUCCUCCACAGAGUCCACACCACAUUCACUCAGCCUCUAUACGCUGGGUUUGUGGUGUACUUGCAUUCUACAGUGAGAUUGUGUGAUCCAGAAUAAAAGUGUGUAGUGUUUUCUGUAAAAUUCCUGCACGUUGCCACGUUGUUGCUCAGUCGUCUGUUUCACUAGAACACAAUCCAGCUGCACAAAAACACUCAUUUUAAUAUUUAAAUUAAAACAGAUGAAUAAUUUAAAAUGAUUAAAAAGGAAAUGUUAAAAAUGAACUGCCAGACAAGAAACUCGUCAAAUUUAAAAAGAAAAUGAUCUCAUGACCUUCGCAUUAUAAAGUUGUUUGUUUCAUAUUAAGCAGCGUCUCAUUAAAUAACUAAUAAACAGUAAUAAAGCCAGAACAGAACAACAUUUUAAACCUGUUCAGGUCACACUAUAUAAAAAUAAAACAUCACUUUUGGAAUGAAUUUGAUUUUUCUGCUUGUGUUCUAAGAUGUAAAAUCCACAUUCACUUUUUCAAAUCUGAAGUUGUUUCUAAACCCUGAGAUUUGAUUGUAAAACAUUGAACAAUAUUUAAACUCCAUUAGAACAUCCAGUACAUGAUCGGUUCAGGCUGCCGAUGUCGUGUUCAUCCCAUAUUCAGUCUGGAUGAUGAUUGGCCCGCAGAUAGAACCUUAUAAAUCCAGGUUUAUCUGUGAGUUUGGGAUUUUUAUUCAAAUAUUACAAUCAAAGCUUUGCAGAAUAAAAGAUAAGAGCACAGGAGAAUAAAGUUUCCCCCAGUGAUGGAGUUUCUGUGCUGAACUCAUUUUCAGACAGAAGCUUUUAAUACUGAGGUCAGGAUGUCAGCAAGCCGCUGUACUGAUACGCAAUGGGAGGUUUUCUCCACUUUGGAUGGUGUGAUGGCCACAGCCACACAGGGUAACAUCAGCCCUCACUCUACUUAUGCACAUUAUUAAUUUGUUUUGGUGUAUUAAUUUGCUGUAUGUUUUAUCAUUUGCAGUCACAUGUAUUAUCAUAUUUAAAUAACCCACCUAACAUUUGUUUGAUUUAUUUGUUUUAAGUUUUGUUACUUUAGCCUUACAUUGUUUUAUAUGGGUGCACACAUUUUAACACUGUAAGGUUUUGCAAUUCAUUGGUUUGUUAUUAAGCAUAUGUUUCUUUGUUUUGAGUUACCUGGUUUGAGUGUUGGGGGUGGUCCCUUCCUGUUUAGGCAAAGGCGUGGCUACGGGCGGAGAAGACCUAUGUCCUGGUGCCUGUGUAUUAGGCUGUACCACGUCCACCAUGUGCCUGAGGGGGAUUUUGACCUUAGUUGAUUUUUGCUUUGUAUUAUGUUUGAAGUCUAUGUAUUUAAUUUACCACUUUUUUGUGGUUUUGGUUUGGCCAAGCCGAUAUAUUCUCCUUUGUUUUUUUUUUUUUGUGUGAGGUCAAGUUUUUGUUCAUUUAAGGGUCAUGGCUGUGUGUUAAGUUUAGUUCUAUUUUUGUUGACCUCUAUUAUAGGCUUAGUUUUUUGUUCUUUGUCAUUUAUUAUUUUUGAGGUAAUAAAAACCUUAUCUUUUGAACUGAA